CGUAGUUCUAUGUGGUUGUCACAUGUGACCACCCAGAAGGUUAUGCGCGAUUGAAACAUGGCCGCCUGCACACGGAGGGCUGCAGAGGUCCUGUGCUCAGUCAGGAUUUUAAGACUAUUUCAGCAUCAAAAUGAGCGUUUUAUCUCAACGUCGCUGCCCCACCUUGCAGAAGGACCCCCUAAAUUCACCCCACCACCUAAACCAGUUAUUGUCGACAAAACACAAGCCGAGGCUUCAUCACGACGGUUUCUCAGCCCCGAAUUCAUCCAUCCACGUUCCCGAACCAGCGGCUUGAAGUUUGUUGUUGAGAGGAAGGACAUGAUCAAGAGGCGAAAAGUACUCAACAUCCCUGAAUUUUAUGCUGGAAGUAUAAUGGCCGUGACCAUGAAGGACCAGUAUUCCAACGGGAAUACGAAUCGCUUUGUGGGUAUUUGCACGCAGAGACAAGGCAGCGGGCUAGGAGGCACGUUCGUCCUGAGGAACAUUAUUGAUGGACAAGGUGUAGAGAUCUGCUAUGAGAUGUACAAUCCGCGCAUCCAGGCCAUCGAGGUGCUGAAGCUUGAGAAAAGACUGGAUGACAACCUGAUGUAUCUACGGGAUGCUCUCCCAGAGUAUAGCACCUUCGACGUAGACAUGAAGCCUGUUCCCCAUAAUCCCACUGCAGACGUCCCCGUCAAUACUGUCAAAGUUCGGAUGAGGCCAAAGCCCUGGUCCAAGCGUUGGGAGAGGCCCAAGUUCAACAUCCAGGGCAUCCGCUUCGACCUCUGCCUGACCCCUGAGCAGAUGGAGCACGCCCAGAAGUGGGCGGAGCCCUGGCGGGAGUUCGACAUGCUGAAGCACCACGACACCUCCAAGCUGGAGGAGUCCAUCUAUAACCAGGUGCAGGCGGAGCUCAGCAAGUGACGUCGUCCCCCGCGGGGAGAGAGCAGCGCAGGACUGAUGGAGAGACUGGACUGGAAGUGUCACAGGAUGAUGGGGGGGGGGGGGGGGGGGGGGGCUACAGGCACAUGAGGAACCACCGAGCUUUGGGAGGGAAGACCGCAGGGGACGGACUCAUCCUUUGUGUGGAGCAGUGAUUAGUGAUUAAUAUAAGAGCAGUGAUUAUUGAUUACUCAUUACUGUCUGAGCAGUGAUUUUUGAUUACUGAUUACUGUACGAGCAGUGAUUAGUGAUUAAUAUAAGAGCAGUGAUUAUUGAUUACUGAUUACUGUCUGAGCAGUGAUUUAUUGAUUACUGAUUACUCUACGAGCAGUGAUUAGUGAUUACUGUACGAGCAGUGAUUAUUGAUUAAUGUACAAGCAGCUGUUGUUGUAUGCGCCGCCUUCUCUACCUGUGUGGUGAAGAAACCAAAACUACUGUAUAUUUACAAGAUGUGUCUCCAUCCAAAUACAUUCAUUUCAAAUGGACUGAUAGAUAUCUGCUCAUUUGGUCUAACAGCCUGCCAAUGCAUAAAGGAGAAAUCUGGCCAGUUUUCACCCAGAUCUCCGUUUCUCUGAGAUCUAUGUCACCGACACCGGUAACCAAAAUGAAAACAGUCGGUUCUACCUAGCUUGAGUUGCUACAACCAGCAGCUAACCCAGCAAGGCAGCUUGAGAAACAGAGAUCUAUGAGAAAACUCGCCGGAUUUCUUCUUCAAUAUUCAAAAAACACCCUUUAUCUGUCCUGUGAUUUACAAAGAUACUGCGAGUUGUCUCGGCAGCUUCAUGUGGAGCUUUGACAGUGAAUGAUAGGAUUGUUUGGUUUGGUCAGUGUUUUCACUAAAGUGUGGGUCAUGGUACACUGUCUGUGGUUGGGUAUGAGUGGUGGCUGUUGGGCUUUUAAAUGUUACACUAGCGGUCAGAAGUUUAGGGUCACUUAGACAUUUUCAUUCCACUCCAUUAUAGACAGAAUACCAGUUGAGAUCAGUUGCAUUUUUUUUUUUUUUUUUUUAAAUCAAGACAGCAGUUUUCAGAUUACACUAUGUGCUUACAUAAUUGCAAAAGGGUUCUCGACUGUUGUAGAAAUAAGUGGCUGAUCUUUAAUGCAAUUUCUACAUUGCCCAUUAUCAGCAACCUUUAAGUCCAGUGUAUAUUUUAAUUUCUUUCUACAACAGUGGAGAACCCUCUUGCAAUUAUGUAAGCACAUAAUGAAGUCUGAAAACUGCUGCAUUGACUAAGAGAACAAUGCAACUGAUAUUGGUUAACUAUCAUGGAGUCGAAUGGACAUUUCUAAAUUAAACUUUUGACUGGUAGUGUAAGCAUUGUGUAUAAUGGCUGCACUCCUCUUGACAAAAAGGCUGUGAAAUUAAAUCAUGUAUCCCUCUAA